GUGGGACAAGUUUUGGUCCAUCUGGUUGUCAGCGGGUUCAGUCCGGCAUCCAAAUGCUCUGUGGUCAAACACAGAACAAUAAUAGGGUGCAGCCUGCAUCGCGCAUGCGCGGCCCUUCCGAACCACAUGCUUCUGCCUGCCUCUCGCUGCUCUCCAGCGCGCAUUGACCAGAGAUGCGCAUCACCGCCACACACGCGAGCGUCGCCCACCAUUCCCGCUCGACAACACUGUGAUCGCUCUGCCCGGCCAGGGAGAAUCAUGGCCCGCCGUGACACACUUUCACUGCGCCGGGAGAAGCCCUGUGCGGCGUGGGGAGCCGCGCUGCCGAGCGGCUGAACAACGGACGGACUUGCACUUCUCACGCUUUUCUUCCGAGGCAUCCCGAGCCAUCCCGUCCUCCCAGCCGCUUGCGUGCUCCGGAUCGGCUCGGAGAGAUGAUCCCGGAGCUGCUGUGUACCGCCGUGGCCGUGGGGGUGUACGUGAACACGCUGGAUGCAGACUUUUGCUACGAUGACAGCCGAGCCAUCAAGACGAAUCAGGACCUUCUCCCGACGACCCCGUGGACCAACAUCUUGUAUGACGAUUUCUGGGGGACCCUGCUCACCCACAGCGGCAGCCACAAGUCGUUCCGUCCGCUCUGCACGCUCACCUUCCGCCUCAACUACGCCCUGCAUGGCUUGCGGCCCUCUGGUUACCACCUGCUCAACGUGGCCCUGCACGGCCUGGCGACGGCCGCUUUCGCCGCCUUCGCUCGACCUCUGUUGGGUGGAGGACCGUGGGCUCUGCUCGCCGGCCUCCUCUUCGCCUCGCACCCGGUGCACACGGAAGCCGUGGCCGGAGUGGUCGGGAGGGCGGACGUCGGCGCGGCGGUCUUUUUCUUGCUGUCUCUUCACUGCUAUGCCAGACACUGCAGCCUUCGGGCGUCCAGACACCGCUCGGCAUUUCGCCUCUGGGCGUGGAUGGCGGGCAGCCUGUGGUGCGCGGCGGCCAGCAUGCUUUGGAAGGAGCAGGGGGUCACGGCGCUAGCCGUGUCGGCUGUCUACGAUCUCUUCAUCUUCCAUCGGCUCACCUUCCGCCAAGCGCUUCUCCUCCCGCUCGGGAAGAAGAAGAACCUGAAGCUGUUGCCAAGUCUUGUUGCCCUGGCUACCUGGGGAGUGAUUCUGCUGUCAGGUCGCAUCUACUGGAUGGGUAACAAACCUCCCAACUUCUCCAACUCUGACAACCCGGCGGCCGACUCGCCGCAUCUCCUUACCCGGACGUUGACCUUCCUCCACCUGCCUGCCGCCAACGCCUGGCUACUGCUCUGUCCCGACAAGUUGAGUUUCGACUGGUCCAUGGACGCGGUGCCCUUGGUGAGGUCCUUGGCCGACUGGCGGAACCUUCACACGCUCGCCUUUUACGGAGGAGUCAUUCUCCUGGCUUGGUUUGGGUUUCACGGCCCCACCUCAAAAGGAAAGGAAAUGGACAGUAGAGCCACAAAUGGCAAAUCGGUCACCAAUGGGAACGGUUACCACGUGCCUGAUACGAACCACAACACAGACUUGGCGCCACCAAAGAUAACCGUGAAUGGGUCGGACGGACUUCACGAUGACAAUUUCCGGAUGUCGCUACCACCUACAGAAAACCUUGUGAUCUUCUCACUGGCCUUGCUAUCGUUACCGUUCCUCCCAGCCUCCAACCUCUUCUUUUAUGUCGGUUUCGUCAUUGCCGAGAGGGUACUCUACAUUCCCAGCAUCGGCUUCUGCCUACUAGUAGCCACUGGUGCAAGAACCUUGUACGUCAGACUGAGAAGAAAGAGCUGCAAGGCCUUGCUGUUGAGUUUGUGUUUGGGGCUGGGGCUGCUAAAUUCACUGAGAACAUUUCAAAGAAAUAAGGACUGGAGCAACGAGGAGAAUCUGUACAAGUCAGGAAUUAGUGUGAAUCCUGCAAAAGCCUGGGGCAACUUGGGAAACGUUCUAAAGAGCCAGGGCAAGAUGGCUGAGGCAGAGAGAGCAUACAGAAAUGCUCUGCACAACAGGGGAAACAUGGCUGACAUGCUGUAUAACUUGGGUUUGCUGCUGCAGGAGAACGAGAGAUUUUCCGAGGCACUUCAUUACUACAAACUGGCUAUCGGAAGUCGGCCAACGCUUGCAUCAGCCUACCUGAACACGGGAAUUAUCCUGAUGAACCAGGGCAGCAUAGAAGAAGCCAAACGGACCUUCGUGACAUGUUCCAACAUACCUGAUGAGAAUCUGAAGGAUCCCCACACCCACAAGAGCUCAGUCACCAGCUGCCUCUAUAACCUGGGAAAAUUGCUGCACGAGCAGGGUCAACAGGAGGAGGCCCUCUCCAUUUACAAGCAGGCAGUGCAGAGAAUGCCCAGACAGUUUGCACCGCACAGCCUUUUUAACAUGAUGGGAGAGGCCUAUAUGAGGCUGAACAAGCUAGAAGAGGCGGGUCACUGGUACAAGGAGUCCCUCAGGGUCAAGCCGGACCAUAUCCCGGCUCACCUCACUUAUGGAAAACUGCUGUCCAUCAUAGGGCAGAAAAUCGAAGCAGAAAAGUACUACCUAAGAGCCAUUGAGCUUGACCCCAUGAAAGGAAAUGGCUACAUGCACUACGGUCAGUUCCUGCUGGACCAGUCGCGCCUCGUCGAGGCGGCGGAGAUGGCUGAGAGAGCUGCCGAGUUGGAAAGUACAGAGUUCGACGUGGUCUUCAGCGCGGCACACAUGCUCAGACAGGCCAGUUUGAACGAGGCAGCCGAGAAGCAGUACCAGCGCGCAGCCGGGCUACGGCCAGAUUACCCGGCGGCUCUCAUGAACCUCGGCGCCAUCCUCCACCUGAACGGAAAGCUGGCUGAAGCCGAGGCCAACUACCUACGAGCGCUACGCCUCAAGCCCGACGACGCCAUCACGCGUUCCAAUCUGCGCAAGCUGUGGAACAUCAUGGAAAGGCAGGGGCUCGCCACCAGGAUGGACCAACUUGAAAAUUAAAGGACUCAACGGGCAAAAAAAGAAUGAUUUUUAAAAAAAAUUUGACUGGAAGAAAACAAGUGUGGUGCCAAAGCUUGUACGCCUUCUGUGCCCGCAAAAAUUAUCGGCAGUAUGCCGGUAAGAACUCCUUUCACAUGUGUUGUUUCUCGAUCAUAUGUGUUAAUUUAUUAAUACUGUUUUGUUCAUUUGUACGUACGUUAUGCCGUGCAACUAUGAUGUCACAAGAAGACGCUAUCUGGUCCAGGAGUUUUUGAACACCUCUUUUUAGAUUUAAAAAAAAAAAAAAAAAAACUUUAGCAGAAUAAGUACCGUAAUUUUCGGAGUAUAAGACACUACUUUUUCCCCUCAUUUUGAAUCGGCUGAUAGUCACGUGCGGCUUAUUUGUUGAUUUAUUUGGGUUAAUAGGCAACACUUUAUUUGACAGCGGUGUCAUAAGACUGCCACAAGACUGUCAUAAUUAUAACAUGACGCUAUCAUGGGCAUUAAUGAAUGCAUAUGACAAUUGUCAUUAAUUGUCAUUCAGCAAAUUAUGUCUCCAACUCUAUUUAUGUCCAGCUCGGAUCAUUUACAUCAAUUCAAAAGUGAGCUAAUUCGCCGGAUGACAUAAAAUGAUAUCUGUCAUAGGCAUUUAAUAAUGCUCAUGGCAGUGUCCUAUGGCGCCACUGUCAAAUAAAGUGUUACCAACCACCAUAAAUAGCAAUUAAUGAAACAACUGGUCGGGGCUCCGAUCUCGCGUCGCCCCGCGGCGGCUCCUCUGUGUUCUCCUGCUUCCGCCUUCCCCUCUCUUCUCUGCCUGGGUAUCCGCCCUGCGCUCCAUCGCAGGUCGCUGGCUGGAUGCCGGUGUAUCGGCUGGGUGUCGCCUGCCCUGGGCACCGUGGGCUGUUGGGGGUUCCGUGGCGUGCCGUGCCGGUUGGGGGGUAGCGGCUGUGGCUCGUGUGCCGGGUUGGCGGACGGGGAUGGAGGUGGGCGUGGGGUUGGUGGUGCAUCCCCUCUGCCCAUCCCUGAAGGCCGGUUGAUGGGGGCGCUAGUUGCUCGGGGGACAACCCUGGAUCCCGGGGGGGGUGACGAUGGCUCCUUUGCUGGGCUGCGAUGGACCCUCAACCCGGGCUGGUUGGGUGGGGGCCGUGGCUGUCACGUGUUUGGUGGAGCUCGUUCGUGGCUGGAUGUGAUUGGGCGCGCUCGGACGGGGGGCUCCGGUGACGGGAUUGGCAAUUGGGCAGCAUAGGGUCCGUUGCCGACGGGCUUACACUCACAAGGGAUUCACACGAUUACUGGUUUCUAGAUCACAGAGCUGAUUUGUGUACACUUCACCCCUCCCAAUCACUUAGCUUAUAGACUCCCCAACCCUUUCCCCUUCUUUUCCUGUUCAACAGGCCCCCCACAUUGUGUCAACCGGAAAUACAUCUAGCUGACGAUAGCACCAACAUAUUCAUAGUUAGUGUAGGCGUUCAAUGUAUUUCUUGUUGUUGUUUGUGUUUCUUUCGUUCUUUUCUUGUGUUUUUCUUUUCCUCUGUUCCCCCAUAACCCCUUCCUGUUCGCUGCUUUGUCAUAAUAAACGAGGUAUGUUGAAUGAUCACAAUGGGAGUAUGUCAUACUCUCAAUCAGAAACAUUAAAACUGUUCAGAACAACCGGACACUUGGACUUCCAUUCUCCUUGUCAACCAGCCAAAAAGGACAGGUUUAAAAACAUUAAAAAAAUAAAAAUAAAAAAAAAGACGCUAUCAUGGGCAUAAAUGAACACUUAUGACAGUUGUCAUCAAGUGUCAUCCAACAAAUUAUGUCACAAAUUCCAUUUAUGUCCAGCUCGGAUCUUUUGCAUCUAAUAAAAAGUGAGAUAAUUUGCCAGAUGACACAAAAUGACAUCUGUCAUAAGCGUUCAUUAAUGCUCAUGGCAGUGUCAUGUCAUAAUUACAAUGAACUUAUGACAGUCUUAUGGCACCACUGUCAUAUAAAGUGUUACGAAAUACCAUAACAAGCAAUAAAUGAAACAACUGGAACAGUAACUGAAGAAAUAAUUAACACAGAACUUUUUUCCCUCAUUUUGAAUCCUGCAGCUUAUAGUCCAGUGUGGCUUAUUUGUUGAUUUAUUGGGUUAAUAGUUUACACUUUCAAUGAAUGGGCGUUAAUGAAUGCAUAUAACGGAUAUCAUUUAGUGUCAUCCGGAUAAUUAUGUCACUCACUCCAUUUAUGUCCUGCUCGGAUUUGCCAGAUGACACAAAAUGAUAUCUGUCAUAAGCAUUGAUUAUUGCUCAUGGCAGUGUCAUGUCAUAAUUAUGACGGUCUUAUGGCGCCAAUGUCAAAAAAGUGUUACCAAACACCAUAACUAGCAAUUAAUGAAACAACUGGUACAGUAAUUGAAGAAAUAAUUAGCACAGAGCAUGAAUUUUGACUGUGAUUUACAUCUGUAGCGCUGCAAUGCAUGCUAGGAGGAAGCUUGGACGAAAACAGUGUUGACAGAAGGUGGCAGCAGAGGUUGACUGUCUACCCCAAAGAAGCAGUGAUGGCCGAAUGAAGCUUUUUGAAGCAAUGAAGUUUUGCAGCCAAUUGGUUCAAAGCUUCAUGGUGGUUCAUUGGUUCUUAUGAUGCUGCUUUCAGAUAGUGUUAUCGGUUAAUAUCUUUAAUGUAACUAUCCCGUAAUACAGAGAAAACAGCUGUGGCUUAUCUAUGAACAAAUGUCGUUUUUGUGUCAAAUUUGGUGGGUGGCGGCUUAUAGUCAGGUGCGCCUUACAGUCCGAAGAUUAUGGUAGUUUUUUUUCUUUCUUUCUACAGUAAUUAUGUAUUUCCUCUCCUGUAUUUAUACUUUGUAAAAACUGAAAUGGACACUGAAAGUAAACAGUUUUACUCCCCGGUUCUGAAAAAACACAAAACUCUCUCAACAUUGUAGCAGGCUGUCAGCCACCUUAAAAUAUCACUGAAUGCAUUAGUAGCAGUAACCAAACAUUGCAUUUGAUGUCUUUCAUGUUUGUGCGGUUUAAAUUACAGAACGUCUUGUGUUUUAUAAGAAAAACUGAACCUUUUGUCCAGAAUAAAAAUUCUUGU